AUGUCAUCCAAACUCUUCGAGCCCCUGAAACUCGGCUCUCUCAGCCUCAAGAACCGCCUCGUCCUCGCCCCCCUCACGCGCUUCCGCGCCGCAGACGACCAUGUUCACCAGUCCAUAGCUGAAGAAUACUACGCCCAGCGCGGCUCUGUCCCCGGUACUCUCUUAAUCACUGAAGCCACCUUUAUCUCAGCCCGCGCGGGUGGCUACCCCAACGUCCCCGGUCUCUGGAGUAAGGAGCAACUCGCAGCCUGGAAAAAGAUCACCGACGCCGUCCACGCGAAAGGCAGCUACAUCUUCGUGCAGCUCUGGGCGCUCGGUCGCGCCGCCAACCCUCAAGUUUUGGAGAAGGAGGGUGCUGGCCCUCUCGUCAGCUCGAGCGAUGUGCCCUUGUCUGAAGACGCGCCAAAGCCGCAGCCGCUGACCGAAAGCGAGAUUCAGGAGUAUAUCCAGGACUACGCCAGGGCCGCCAAGGCCGCGGUUGAGGAAGCGGGCUUCGAUGGUGUAGAGGUCCAUGGGGCGAACGGCUACCUCAUCGACCAGUUCACGCAGGACACGGCCAACAAGCGGACGGACAAGUGGGGCGGGAGCAUCGAGAACCGCGCACGCUUUGGGCUCGAGGUCGCGAAAGCCGUCGUUGCUGCUAUCGGAUCGGAGAGGACCGGCAUCAGGUUAAGCCCGUUCAGUGUCUUCCAGGGCAUGCGCAUGGAUGACCCUAUUCCACAGUUCUCGUAUCUCGUUAAGGGGCUCAAGGAGCUCAAACUCACAUAUCUCCACCUCGUCGAGAGCCGCAUCUCUGGCAACGCGGACGUCGAGUCCUCAGACCAUCUUGACCCACUCAUCGACAUCUGGAGCAAUACAUCCCCGGUCCUGCUAGCGGGCGGCUUCAGCGCUUCGUCGGCGAAGAAGGCGGUGGAUGAGGAGUACAAGGACCGCGAUGUGGCUAUUGUGUUCGGAAGGCUGUUUAUCUCGAACCCAGACUUGGUGUUUAGGAUUCAGAACGGUAUCGAACUGUCGCCAUACGACCGCGAGGACUUUUAUAGGGUGAAGAGUGCCCAUGGUUAUACGGAUUUACCGUUCAGCAAGGAGUUCUUGGAGCUUAAGAGUAAGGUGUAG